UAAUACAAAAAAAAUGUAAAUACGUUUUUACAAUGCAUAACCAUACAUUUAUUAUAUAUGUGACGUUCAAUUUAAGUCACAUUAACAGAAGAAAUACUGCAUUGUGAGCUCGAGGUGGUAUGUCCCCUUUAAGUGUCGGGUGGAGGCAGUGAAACUACGAGAGAAGCUAAACUGAGCGUAAAUAAAAGCCAACAAACGCCCAGUCGGAGGUAGUGAGAGCGAAUAAUGUUAACGGUACACUAACAGGUGUUGGAGGGCUGGGAUGCGGUUGUCAAGGAUGCAGUGAAAGAUGUUCCGCAAGGUCAAGAAACGCCACAGCAGCAGCAGCUCUCAAAGCAGUGAGAUCAGCACCAAAAGUAAAUCUGUGGAUUCCAGUUUAGGGGGAUUGUCCAGGUCGAGCACAGUUGCCAGCCUGGACACAGACUCCACCAAGAGCUCAGGAAACAGUACAGCUGAAACCUGCGCAGAGUUUCGUGUGAAGUAUGUGGGAGCCAUUGAGAAGUUGCAGUUUGACAUGAGCAAAACGCUCCAUGAACCUCUCGACCUCAUCAACUACAUUGACAGCGCUCAGCAAGAUGGAAAGCUGCCGUUUGUGCCAGGAGACGAGGAGAUGAUCCUGGGAGUGUCCAAACACGGAGUCAAAGUGGCCUCUCUGGACCAGUGUGACGUGUUGCACCGUCACCCUCUCUACCUGAUUGUCCGCAUGCUCUGCUACGACGACGGUCUGGGUGCAGGGAAGAAUCUCCUCGCCCUGAAAACCACCGACCCAAAACAGGAGAGGUGCAGCAUCUGGGUGUACCAGUGCACCAGCUCUGAGCAGGCUCAGUCCAUCUGCAAGGUCCUGUCGGCUUCUUUUGACUGCGCUCUGAUGUCUGACAAGUCUUGACGCCUGAGAAAGGGAGCAGACGGAAACAAAAGCAGCUACCGCCUGGAUGAGUCCUGUCCUGAAUGGUUCACUUUUUCGUGUGUUGUGUUCGAUCGCCUUUCAACUAUAUGUGAAGGAAAAAUAUGUAUAUUUAAUAAUAGCAGCAUUAAGUACAAUGUAAUGGUACUUAGUCACUUGAUUUAAGUGUGCAGUCCAUCAUAUUGCUUUAUUGACACAAUGGGUACCAUUCUGCCAUUUGGCUUUAAUUUUAAGACUUGAAAUUAUUAAUAAUGGUUUUAAUGUUUAGAUUGUUUUCACCAAUAAUGUUAUAAAAGGUACUGUGGUGGAUUAACACUCAAGUAAAAUGGAUUUGAAUGAUUUUGGGAAAUCAUUGGCGGUACGUCAUCUAUCUUUUAUAUUUGUAUUAUUAUUUUUCUAUUCUUUUUCUGUCACCUUCAACCAGUAGUUGUGCAGUGAGAAAAUGUGUUGAACAUUAAAGGAGUGGAAAUGUUAGAAUUGCUGAGUUUUUUUUUUUUUAAAUGUUUUUGCCACAUAAGAGUAGUAUAUUUAAGAGAGGUUACAUAUUCACCACCAGAGGGCGCGCCUGCUACGUAAAAUAAUUGUAAC